GAAUGAGAGGGGUGGGCAGAAAAAAGAUCUGAUGUUAUAUAUGAACACAAGGUCAUUGGUGGAGCUGUUAUUCAAACUGUGAACAGAAGAGAGGGAACAAGAGUGGAUUAAAGAACUGGAAGACAGAGAUUAAAGGACCAAAGGAUAUCAAAUAAGGUUUACACCAGAAAUUAUCUGAAGCAGAAUACACAGAGACACUAUGACUGAAAACGGUUGUGAAUACCGUGAGAGGGUGCUGACGAUGGACACUAUGAACCCGAAUAUUAAACGCGUGGAAUAUGCUGUUCGGGGUCCCAUAGUCCAGAGAGCAGUUCAGAUCGAAAAAGAACUCAAGAUGGGCGUAAAUAAGCCAUUCACAGAGGUCAUUAAAGCCAACAUCGGUGACUGCCACGCUAUGGGCCAGAAACCCAUCACCUUCUUCAGACAGGUCUUGGCAUUGUGCUCUUAUCCAGAUCUUCUUGAAGACAGCAAAUUUCCAGAAGAUGCCAAAAGUAGAGCACACCGCAUUCUCCAAGCUUGUGGUGGAGGAAGUCUCGGUGCUUACAGUACUAGUCAGGGCAUUGAAAUGAUUCGGCAGGACGUUGCUCGCUACAUUGAACGGCGAGAUGGAGGAAUCGCAUGUGACCCUGACAACAUUUACCUCUCAACAGGAGCCAGUGAUGCGAUCGUGACCAUGCUUAAGUUACUAGUGUCGGGGGAAGGAAUGUCUCGUACAGGAGUGAUGAUAUCCAUCCCUCAAUACCCGCUGUACUCCGCUGCUCUGGCUGAGUUGGGUGCUGUGCAAAUCAGUUACUAUUUGGAUGAAGAUAAUUGCUGGAGUUUGGACAUCAAUGAGUUACGUCGAGCCCUGCAGGAAGCAAAGAAACACUGCAUCCCUCGAGCACUGUGCAUUAUCAAUCCUGGCAACCCCACAGGUCAAGUGCAAAGUCGGCAGUGCAUUGAAGAUGUGAUCCAAUUUGCUGCGUCAGAAAACCUUUUCCUUAUGGCUGACGAGGUCUAUCAGGACAAUGUUUACGCAGACGGGUGUAAGUUUCACUCCUUUAAGAAGGUGCUGUUUGAAAUGGGUCCAGAAUACUCAGAGAAAGUGGAACUAGCUUCGUUUCACUCAACGUCGAAGUGCUACAUGGGAGAGUGUGGUUUUCGUGGUGGUUAUAUGGAGGUGGUAAAUCUAGACCCUGAGGUGAAAGUUCAACUGACUAAGCUGGUAUCUGUGCGGCUAUGUCCUCCGGUGCCUGGUCAGGCUCUUCUAGAUGUGGUGGUCAAUCCACCUCAACCAGAUGAACCCUCAUAUGACACAUUCAUCAAGGAACGCUCAGAAACUUUGGCCACACUGGCAGAGAAAGCCAACAUGACGCAAGAGAUCUUGAAUCAAGUACCAGGAAUAAAAUGCAACCCAGUGCAGGGUGCAAUGUACACUUUCCCAUGCAUCCACCUCCCACCAAAAGCCAUCCUGGAGGCCAAGGAGAAGGGACAAUCUCCAGAUAUGUUCUACUGUAUGAAGCUUCUGGAAGAAAAAGGCAUCUGUUUGGUUCCCGGCAGCGGCUUUGGACAGCGAGAUGGCACCUACCAUUUCAGAAUGACCAUCCUUCCUCCAAAAGAGAAACUGAAGAUAGUGUUGGCCAAGAUUAAGGAGUUUCACCAGCAUUUUACGGACCAAUACUCUUAACCCUGGCCAUCUCAUUUUCUUAACCAAAUCCCCAAUUUCACACAUAAAGCUACAUCACUUUUGAGAUGUGCUCUGGGUAAAUACCUGCAAUGCGAACAAAGUCCUAUCUCACAGCAAAAUGUGAGGUGAACGCGAGCCAUGUGGAGAGGAUGGUAUAGUAUACCCCCACUUUGAGUGUAGUCACAGGCUCUUUCAUAAAUGGCAAUGUCAAAGGCUUUUGGGGACAAAAAACUAACUUACAUUUGUGGUGAACAAUGAAAAUAUUGAUGCUAUUUUACUAGUAGCAUUUUAACACAUAAUUUUGUUAAGAUUGAUUCUUUUAUUUAUUGAAUGUUUGUUUGCUGUAUUCUUGCAGUGUUAAGAAAUGUAAUAUUGUGAAAAUGGAAAAGACAGUCUGUUAGCAAAAUAUGAUUACAAAAUAUGAUUGUGCAGUUGGUUAAUAUAUAUGCGUAAAGAUGAUAAAAAUAAAUUAAAUGUACAAAUGAAUGAAUUAAAUACUUUACAAAAAAAUAUUUUUUGAGCAUGUGAACAGUGGUAAGAACACACCACGCAUUGCCAUUGCCAGCAUUUCUGCCACACUCUUGGGGGGAAAAAAACAGUCAGUGGGGUUCAAUAUAGACCGUUAGGGUUCUUUAAAGAACCCUUUAGGCAAAAAAGGUUCUAUAAGGAGAAAUGUCUUAAAUGAUUACAUAAUACUUUCAUGUUUAACAUGUUAAAUGUAUUUUUUUCUAUUGAUUUUAGAAUGUUUACAAGCUGUUUAUUUUACAAAAUUUAAUCAAAAUGAAUUAAAAAUAAAUCCAAUUUAUUCAAUGAUGGGACUGGGAACCAGAGGUGUAAAGAGUACCAUACUUGAGUAAAAGUACAGAUACCUUAGAGUUAAAAAAUGGCUCCUCAAUAUGACGAAGAAGUAAAAUAAGGUUAAGUAAAAUUAAUUAGUGCCUACUUGCACUGGAUGUUCUUGUUUCAGCCUCAUCACUGGCUGCAGGCAUGUCCUCAACUCAUAAAUGAAACACCUGUGAUUUAGCAACUUCCUGCUAAUGCACUCACAUUGGCGUAAAGCCUUGUUGACAAGUUUGGGUGAAUAAGGGCAAAACGCACUGUAGAUGGCGAUAUCACUUCUUCUGUAGCAGAAAUAAACUUCUCAUUCACUUUCAAAACCGA